CUUACCGGAGGGGAGGAGAGUCGCUGGUUCAGCUGCUCAGUCCUUCUGCUCUCCAGCGCGAGUCAGUUCCGAGGCGGGGCUGGGAGGUGGCGCGUGUCGCUUGGAUACUUUCUUUACCCUUCAGUACGAAAUAAGGCGAACGGUCCUAGUGAAAAUUGAGAUUUGGUGCAUUUACCCCCCCCCAGAAGAACCGGACACAACCUCGCGAAACGAUGCUGUUGUGCCUGCUGGGCUUUUCGGCCGUGCUUCUGCACGUAGAGAGCAAACGUGCGGAAACGAUCGGCAGAAAUAACAACAAUGGACAUUCCCUGGACAAUGACAAAUGGCUCAGCACCGUGUCUCAGUACGACAAGGACAGAUACUGGAACAAGUUCCGAGAUGAUGACUACUUCAGGACAUGGAGUCCUGCGAGCAAGCCCCUUGACCAAGAGACAGACGUGAGGUCCGGUAGACGCGGGGAACCAGGAUCCAAAUCUCGGGCUGCUUCGGGAAAGUGGAGAGCCGAGGCCGGUCUGGAUGCAACCAAAGAUCCCUGCAUGAAGGUUCGCUGUCCUCCUCAUAAGAUGUGUGUCACCCAUGACUACCAGACAGCCAUCUGUACCAAUCACAGACAGCAGCCUCACAGUGUCCUGCCUGUGAAAGGAGGUCUAUCCCACAAGGUCUGGAUGGGAGCCAGCAGUCAUGGGAAGUGCCUCCCUUGUCCAGUUCUCCAGGCAAGCCCGGUGUGUGGCUCCGAUGGACAUACCUAUUCCUCCAAGUGUAAGCUCGAAUUCCAGGCCUGCACCUCCAAAAAGAGCAUCCACCUGAGGUGUGAGGGGCCGUGCCCGUGUCUACCGGGGCGGGAGGCCAUGAAACCCAAGGUCGAAAAGACAGUCUGCAGCGACCGAGAGCUGAGGAGUCUGGCCUCCAGACUGAAGGAUUGGUUCGGCGUCCUUCACCUGGACGCUAACAGAGACCUGAAGAGCACAGUCACCUCGGAUGCCGGACAAGGCCGUUUUGACACCAGCAUCCUGCCCAUCUGCAAGGACUCCCUGGGCUGGAUGUUCAACAAGCUGGACAUGAACUAUGACCUUCUGCUAGACCCCACAGAGCUGAGUGCCAUCUAUCUAGACAAGCAGGAGCUGUGCCUAAAGCCUCUCUUCAACUCCUGUGACUCCUUCAAGGACGGCAAGCUGUCCAACAACGAGUGGUGCUAUUGCUUCCAAAAGCCAGAUGGACUUCCCUGUCAAAAUGAGAUGAACAGGAUCCAGUCCCAGGGCAGGAGGAAGUCUCUUAUAGGUGCAUUCAUCCCCAGAUGCAACGAGGAGGGAUACUUCAAGCCCACGCAGUGCCAUGGCAGCACUGGCCAGUGCUGGUGUGUUGACAAGUACGGCAAUGAGAUUGCCGGAUCCAGGAAGCAGGGCAACCCUAGCUGUGAGGAAGACCAAGAGAGCUCAGGGGACUUUGGCAGUGGUGGGGCUGUGGUUCUGCUGGAUGACCAGGAGGACGAGCAGCCCCAAGCACUGGGGGGCCACGCCCGGUCCCGAGGGGCCAUCGACGAUGACGAGGAUGAGGAAGAUGACAAAGAUGACGAGAUGGGUUACGUGUGGUAGCUCUCGCAGGAUGUCCACCCUCCUCCAGUUAAUCGCACAGACCUGAAGCCAUUCCACUCCUGCCCCCCCCUUUAUUUAACGUCUCCGUCGUUCCCUUUCCAAGCCCACCUCUCGACUUUCUAAGAACAUGAAUUACAACAGAGACUUCACCAUUAUUUUAGAGUACUGCAACACGUCAUCCCCCUAAACCCACUGCCCACCCCUCUCAUCCAGAAAUUCCGCUGCUAUUCCAAAAAAUCCCAUCCCCCAAACCCCUCCUCCUGCCCCACCGCCGCCCUUUCACCCCCCACCACCAUUUCUCUUUUAGCUUCUUCUCUAAUUGUGUGCACAGGCGCUAGGUGUAAAUACACAGGCAAAGGUCGGCAGGGUUACGUGUCAUGUCAUGUACUUUACGUGUAGCGCUGUCCGUGGGCCGAGCCAGGCUGGGUGUGGCCAGUACAGUUAGCAUACUCGCUAAGCCGUAGAGGGCACUGGAGUCCGCGUUGCUUCCCAGAAAAGCCCUCUGUUUGUAACCAUGGCAAAUUUACCGUCAUAAAGUGUGUGUUGCGGUCUAUGGUAUACUGUUAUUAUUUGUUCUUUGCUCUGUGUCACCUCCUAUAAGUGAAUGAAAUGAAUUCCGGGCUUUGUAAUGUAAAUCAUGUAGGAAGUUCUUAAAAAUAAAACUGUAUUGUACCCUAUCCACCCCAAAAAAGGGUUUUUAUACAAAGUUAUAUUGAUUGGACUGAUUGUACGUAACUUUUCGUGUCUUUACUGUGCUUCUACGGGUUCUUUAUUCAAAGUGUACGUCUGCAGACUCUGGGCUCUGCUUAAAGGAGAGCGAUAGUUUCAGCUCCCUGUUUCUGCUGUGUUAUUUUACCACAUAACCACAGCCCUGUUCGGCAGCUGAUAAUCUCCCUGCCUCUUUCAAAUGUGACGUUUUCUGUUUGCAAGCCCAAACCCGUUGUCCAGUGGAGAGUAAGAUAUAGGCGUGUUUCUUUUGUUCCCCUUGACCCACCACAGGUUCACCAACAUCAUGCGCCGCAUAGCAAAUUUCCACUAAACGCUCAGAAGAAAAAAGUGAUGACUGUGUAGCAUUUUGGACUGAAGAAAGCCUUGUCACCAAUAGACCAGUAGACCUGUGUUCUUGUGCUUCUGUUGAAAUGUCUUUCUCUCACCACCUAUUUGCAAGGCUGAUGAACCCAGAUUAACCCUGAAUCCAUUGAGUUUUUCACUCGGUAUGUGAUUUCAGCGAAUCUGAGAGGAACCUGAAUGCCAGUUGAUCUGUAAUACCUUUUGUUCAUGCUUGUUCAGAGCUUAUCUGAUCUGAAAAGCAUGGUUUUUUUCAUCUCCUCUGGAUUAACUUAUAUGGGACAACGUUACUUCAUUCCUGUAAUAUUAGUAAUUGGCUUUUGCAGCCUAUUUACCAAACAGAAUAUUUGUUUACAUGAACUCUUUACAAUGUGCUUUAAAUUAAUUGCCCCGUAAUGUUUACAUAUAUUUUUACAGUGAGCAGCAUGUUUCUAUGCAUUACUAGAUUAUUGCUCACUCUCUGAUGCAUCAGGAGGUUGGUAUGUUAUGGUUAUGGAGUGGAUGUAAAGUGGUGCAGGAAGAGAACAUGUAGAAAUAUAGGAGGUCCCAUUUAGGAAGAGGCAUUACAUCGGGAGAAAUACAUUUGCAUGCGUAAAUUAACGUGAUUAUUUGGGAUGUUAUAAAUCGUCGAUUCUAUUCUAUUCAAUUUUUUUGUAUAUCAUGGUUGCCCCAGAGCGCCUAACAUCACAAGCAACAGGAUUGCAAGCUGACUUGAUAACAAUUAAACUUAAUACCAGCAUUUACUGAAAGUCAUUAUGUUUGUAAAUUAUUGAAAUUUGACCCAAAAGCAACAUUAUGUAAAGUGUUUGGGGGGAAAGCAGAUGAUGAGGUCUUUACCAGCAUCAAUAUGAUAAAAUUAUUAAAAGACAUUUAGAGGUACCAAUUAUUAUUAUUAUUACUAUUAUUAUUAUUACAUGAUGCAACUGCAAACCUGAUAUGCAUAGUAGGUUGGGUUUUACGGCAGAGUUGUGAAGUUAUCAGACACUUUAUAAAUUUCACACAACAUACAAAUCAUUGAUAGUAAAAUCAGCAGUGAGUACAGAAACCUAUUAACAGAAACCUAAGUCUCCUGAGAAAAUGUGAUAUGUCACAUGUCCAGUGUACUUUAUAUUGUAUAAUGUCAAAAUAUAUGUCUCGUGAAGAAUAUUACGUUAAACACAUUAUGGAAGAGCACGAUCCUUAGUGGAGCAUCAGCGUGUCUGUUUCCGUCGGCACAAGUUAAACAUAUCUAGCUUUAUAUUUGGCUUGUCUUGCUGUUGCAAUUUAAAAUAUCUUGUUGCCAUCAACAACAUACAGACCUUGUUAUAUUAAUGUAAAUAAUUUAGAUUGCUCCUUGAAAUAACUGUUGCUUCGCAGGCAAAAGCAUUAUGCAAAAGGGUUUGGUAUUUCUAUAUUUAUUUCCUUUUAACUAAUUUAACUUUAAAAUAGUGAAAUGAUUUGAUUUGAUAGUGAGUUUUUUUCUUUACAGUUGUUUCCUUGAUUAAUGUAUUUGUUUUACUACAUUUUAUUUGAAGUCAGAAUUCGUUUACGCAUGUUGUUAGCCAGACUGCAGUGUGCCUCUGUGCAUUGUUAGUUACCCCAUCGCCAUGCAGAUAACUGAAAUGCCAUCUCACAAUUCACUCCAUUCAGCAGCUUGUCAUCUGGCCUUUCGAGGAGCACAGAGAGAUCUAAGUGGAAAAGAUGAUUGACUAAAAUGUUUUCUCUCUGACACCACAUGAAGCACAUUUCUUACAGACAUACAAAAAACUAACAAAAUAACAUAAACAUAUAUAUAUAUUUUAUAUACAAAUAACUUCAUGCACUUUGUGUUGGAUGCAGUCAGGAAGGUCAUUAGAUGUUUUCUAUUUCUACAAAUUGUCUUCCCAAUAUCCAGUACAUUUCUGGGCAUGAGAACAUUGCCUUGUUUUCUUUUAGACAAGUUUAGCAAGCUUUUUGUUCGGAGACGUGAAUAUUUCACUGAAGUGAGUACAGAACUGUCCGUCUGUGCUUGUUUUCAAUUAGAUUUUUCCAAAGUAAAUUUCAUUACUGUAAAAAUGCCAAGCAAUUGCUGUCUGUAAAUCCUGAAUAUCACUAUGGUUUUUCAGCAGGUUUUUUUUUCUUAAUGAAGUUGACUACAGCUGAUCGAUAUUUCUUGCUUGAUUUGUGCGGUAAUUACGGAGCGUUGCUUAGUUUAGCAAUCGAGGUGAAGCUCAAAUGACACCCUGGUCAAUUCGGCAGUAGACCUUGGCCUGGCCGCAACAUUUUUAAUUAACAGGUUCAGCAAAUAAGCACCGCUGAUAAGGAGCCCGAAGCUUUUGAAACAUCUGGACACUGGUCCAUGCGUGACCUUGGUGUAAUUACAGAGAGGGCAUUUCUCCCUGCUAAGUAAUUCUUUCUUUUGAAUAUAGAGCAGUGUAGACAUACAGUACAGCAAGUAGUGGGAUUGCUAAAUUCAUCCUGGUCUAUAAAAGUUGGGAUUUAUUUCAAGAAGUAUAAGAAAAAUCCAGAUCAUUAAAAGUUAGCUUUAUAAACCUAGAGGAUGAUUUCUGUUAAUGAUUUUCUGUCUGCUGGUGUCAGUUUUGUUUUCGCUGCUUUGCUUCCCUCCAACAGUCCAGCAGCAAUGAAUUAAAUACCAUGUUUCUGUGGCCGUUUAAUAACAGGGUGACAGGCUCUUUAACUGAAAGCCUAUGUAGUUCAAAUACUGGAACACAAUUUAACCUUUUGUGACAUGAUCGUACCUGGCGACGGCUGUAUGUUUGAAACAUAAACAAUAAUGUCUAGACUGUAGGCAGACUGGAGGGUAAAACCCAAUUCCAAUGAAAUUCUUCUUCCAACCAUCCAAUAGAAUGUGACUGCAAACCUGGAAGCAUUUUUGUGAUUUGGUAAACGCAGGUGCUGUAAGGUGUUUCUGCUAGCUACACAUGUUUAACUUGUUGUCACCCGCAGACAGAGGGAGAGUCACAGGAAACAAAGGCAUCACAGGUCACUCAGUGUAUAGUACUACCAGAGAACAGGACACAAUUAGGGGCUGUGCAUGAGAAGCAGGGGGCAACAGAUGUUAAUUUAGGAAUCAGUCAAGUAAGAGUCAUUGAUUAUGGACCGUGUGUCAGAAUGAGGAAGUAGAGCCACCAAGAAAGUUGUUUUCCUUGCAUGAUGAUGUCAUGUCAACAACAACCAGCUCUUGUAUAAAAAAUGAAGUAAAGAAAAAUGCCAAUGAGCAAACAAAACACGUGUAUGGAAUGUACUGUAUUAUCCCUUGAUUGUUAUGCUUAUUUUGUCAUUUUCAGGCCGUCCAUCAAUUAAAGGUUAAUUGUGGAUAAAAAAAAAUAUGCAUAAAUGCAUCACUAUUCUGAAUCCAUCCUUGUCUCUCCUAGUGUCUCUCCUAAUACUUUAUGUUGGGAUCUUUUCACUUGUAUCUCACAGUCUAACCUGCAUUGUCCCUGUUCCAUUUUUUUUUCUUCCUAUUUAAAUUUUUUUCCAGUCUACUUUGAAGAUCUCUAAACUUUACCCAAUAACACUGAUGGCCAUAUUUGCAGAAACUCUUCUUUGUUAAUUCUAUAUUUUUUACUUUGUAAAGAAAAACAGAACCAAUGUAAUAUAAAGUCAUCUGAAGGCGCUGUGGCUGUAUGUUUGCAUCAAAAGUGUAUAAAUUGAUAGUUCUCUAUGUAGUUAGACCUGUAGCUCUUUACAUAUAAAGUGUAGUGAGUUCUCAAUGUUUUCCUUCUGGAGUUAAAAUGGAAUGUUGAUGUUUUUGGCUGAAUUUUCUGAUUUUAAUGUAACAGUUCAACUAUGUUUGUCUUAAUAAAUUUGCGUCUGUCCUGU